UCGCCGCUCGGUCCCGGCGAGCGAGGCGGCCGCGCGCAUCUUGGGGCAGCCACCCACGGGCACUCGGUCCGGAGGGCACCGAGCGGGGCGGCGCGGGCUGGAGCCGGGGCGGCCGCCUCCCGAAGAUGCAGGAUGGCAGCAGCGCCGCCGUCCAGCCUCUCCUACCGCACCACGGGCUCCACCUGUCUGCACCCGCUCAGCGAGCUCCUGGGCAUCCCGCUGGACCAGGUGAAUUUUGUGGCAUGCCAGCUCUUUGCUUUGCUUGCUGCUUUCUGGUUUCGCAUCUACUUAAGUCCUGGUAAGACCAGUCCCGAUGUCCGGCACGCAUUCGCCACCAUUUUUGGCAUCUAUUUUGUCAUCUUUUGUUUUGGCUGGUACUCUGUACAUCUUUUUGUGCUGGUGUUAAUGUGCUAUGGAAUCAUGGUCACUGCAAGCGUAUCCAAUAUUCACAGAUAUUCCUUUUUUGUAGCAAUGGGAUACCUUACGAUAUGCCACAUCAGCCGAAUCUACAUCUUCCACUAUGGAAUUCUCACUACAGAUUUUUCUGGGCCUCUGAUGAUUGUCACUCAGAAGAUCAUAGCCUUGGCAUUCCAAGUUCACGAUGGAUUAGGUCGAAGAGCUGAAGACCUCUCUGUGGAGCAACAUCGACUUGCUGUAAAAGUAAAACCCUCUUUUUUGGAAUACUUAAGCUACCUUCUCAACUUCAUGAGUGUCAUAGCUGGCCCUUGUAACAAUUUCAAGGACUAUGUAGACUUCAUUGAGGGGAGACAUAUACACAUGAAGUUGCUGGAAGUGAACUGGAAGCAAAAAGGUUUCCACAGCCUGCCAGAGCCUUCUCCCAUGGGAGCUGUCAUACACAAGUUGUGCAUGACCUUGGUGUCUCUCCUUUUGUUUUUGACACUCACGACGACCUUCCCUGUCACCUGCCUGGUCGACGACUGGUUUGUUCACAAAGCAAACUUUCUGACUCGACUCUGCUAUCUAUAUGUUGUCAUGCAGGCCUCAAAGCCCAAGUAUUACUUUGCCUGGACAUUAGCGGAUGCAGUGAAUAAUGCAGCUGGCUUUGGGUUCAGCGGAGUGGAUAAGAAUGGAAAUUUCUCUUGGGAUCUACUUUCUAACCUAAACAUCUGGAAAAUUGAGACUGCCACAAGCUUCAAAAUGUACUUAGAAAACUGGAAUAUUCAGACAGCUACUUGGCUAAAGCGAGUGUGCUAUGAGCGGGUUCCAUGGUACCCCACCAUGCUAACCUUCAUCCUGUCUGCCUUGUGGCACGGGGUCUACCCUGGAUACUAUUUUACCUUCUUAACUGGAACCCUUGUCACAAUAGCAGCCAGAACGAUGAGGAACAACUACAGACAUUACUUCCUUUCUUCAAAAGCCCUGAAGCUUGUUUAUGAUGUGGUCACCUGGGCUGUCACUCAGCUGGCUGUCUCUUACACGGUCGCGCCCUUUGUUAUGUUGGCUGUUGAACCAACCAUCAGUUUAUACAAGUCCAUGUACUUUUAUUUACAUAUCAUAAGUCUCCUGAUAAUAUUAUUUCUGCCAAUCAAACCACAAGCUCAUAUUCAGAAGCAGCCACAGACUCUGAACUCUGUUAAUGAGAAAAAAAAAGAUUAAUACCUCCAAGAAAAGCUGAACGAGGGGAACUGCAAAACGUUGGAAAGAUGAAAUGAAAAGGCUCAAGGUUCUCCAAUGACUUAGAGGCAACGUGGACAUGCAUCUUUUUUUGUUUUUUAAGUGCAGGGAAUAUUUUUAUAAAGCCUUUUUGUACCAGUAAAUCAGCCAUGUCCAGUUGAUUUAAUAUUUUAUAGGACACUUGAGUGGUGUGGAGAAUGUAGCAGAGCUGCAGAGACAGUCCGUCCUGCGCUGCUGGGUCCGUGUUUUUCUGGCAUGAUUUCCAGCCACUGAAAUCUGGAUGUUGGAACCCAGGCUCCGGAAGUUAGAAGGUGAAGCUGAGAUGACUUGUCUUCCAGAACAUACCCAGAAAUGGUUGUUCCUCCAGAAGCCCCAAAUCCUUUGACUUGCGACAUUGCUGUUUUCGAAUAACUACACUCAGAAGACCGUGGAGUGAGGUUUUCAGGGUACCGAAGACUCUACGAGCCAGGAGGACCAACCGUGAACACUUGAACGGACUGGAAGGCAGACAGGCCCUAAAGUAGGCUGCGUUAUUUUCCCGGGAUGUAACUCUCCCCUUUUUUCUUCUGAACUGAGCCAAAAUUGGAAAUAAGAAAGUCUCCUGUCCCCACACCAGGAAUCUAGGUGGGGCCACUGCUUCCAAAUGUCUUCCACUUCACACGCGCCUUCUGCUGGGAAAACACGCAAGUGUUACCCCAUCACAGGCAGCGAAAUGUCUUUUAAAGAAAUAAUUUUUUAAAAAAGUAAUUUAAAGUUAAAUUGAAGUUUAUGAAAAGCAGCAGCUAUUUCUCUUUUCUCCCCCAUUACACAGAGGUGUUCACAAUCAUGAUGUACACACGGGCUGGUUUUCAUUUUCCCGAUUUCAUAGCUGAUUAAAUCUGACUUGUUUUAGUUGACUCAUCAUAUUGGAAAGCAGAAAUUGAAAGAUGGUUUACUUUUCAAUCUUUGUUAUGAAUGUGCUGUGGCUCCUUCUGGGGACUUCUAUUGAGUAGGAUUCUCUGUGGGGAAGGGAAAUGUGGCAUUAACUAUUGUGGAAAAUAAUAAUAAUGAUAAUAAUAAAAUAUAUCCUAUAAUGGUGUGCCCGCUAUCAAAUGCCUUGGGAAGAGAGAAUUUUUUCAAAUCAGAUGGUAAAAGAAUUAGUUUCUUAAUGAAUGAAUACUGUGUUUGUAUAUAAAGCAAAUAUUUCUGAACAGAA